GGAGAGACGCCCAACAAAACGAAGGAAAAACAAGCCAGGAAGACGUAGGGAGAGGGGAAAAAAAAACUGUGAAAGUGCACAGACUUGCCGCUCACCUUGCAACUCCUCUUCCAAGCAGAAGAAGAAUAAGGACAGGGAUCGUGUAGUGGAGCAGGGAAAAAAGAAUGCUGUGUGUGGCCCACUGAGGGAAGGGGCGAUCCAGAUGUUCUCUGUCCACACUCUGCAUGCCCUCUGAAACAUCUCUACGCUGUACCUCCAAACUCAAUGAUAUCAUAGUAUCUGGUGUUCUUUUUUUUUUUGCAUGCAGAAAAUGGAGAUGGUCAUUGUGUUGUUGUUGUUGUUGGACAUACAAUGGAUGGUAGCAAUGUCUGUACAAGGACUGUCAGCUCCAUAUCAAGACAAUGUGCUUGACUUGCUGUCAGCCUUAAACAUAUCCCACACAAAGAGCGGCGUGUCCAGACUGCACAGUCCCACGGGCGCCGUGUACAGAAUCCGUCCUCGAGCGCCUCACCUGACUCUCCCCACCGAGUAUUCCCGAAUCCUGCGCUCUGACUUCCAGGGAAGCCUGGGGCUGCAUUUGGUGGGCCAGCAGCUGGCGGGCACCAACAUUACCCUUUUGUCUCUCUCCGCCUCGUCGUCGACCAUUCUUCUCCAGCUCACCUCCUCCGCCCCGGAUGACGUACUGCGUGUGGAGUACCGAGCGGGAGGGGGAAUCCGGGGCCUUCUUUUACCCGGGACGAACCCCUUCUCGUCGGGGGAAUGGGUGCACUUGGCCGUCAGCCUGGAGCCAGACAGGCUCGUAUAUUUUGUGGACUGUCAAGAGGUCCGAGUCGUCCUCGUAAAACCGGAGGAGAAGUUCGAGCUGGAACUGCCGCAAGAUGUUGUUGUCACCCUGGGAAGCACACCAGGGAGAAAAGAGAGUAAAUUUAGUGGUCACUUCAAGAAAGCAGAAAUCUCAAUGAGGGCCUAUAAAAGACGUCCUUGGCACUGCGGCAACGUGACAGAUGCUCUGCCCGCAUCCGCUCACUUGCACAGUCCAGAAUCGCGCAAUGCCAGCGGCCCAGUGCCCCAACAGGGGGCUUCUUCUGCCAGCAGUAAACCCAAGCGAACGCACAGGAUGCCGGUCCAGGGUGUACUUUAUCAACCACACAGCAUCCGGAGUGAGCAGCUGCAAAGGGGAGGGGCCUUGGGGCCACCAGGACUCCCUCAAGGGCGGAGGUCGGCUUCCCGGGUCCAGCGGGACGAGGGCCUGAGCAGGCUGGAGAACAAGCUGGAGGGCCUCGCUCGUGUGCUGGACGCGCUUCAAGCUCAGAACGAGGAUCUGCAGAAACGAGUGCGGUACCUGGAGGGAUGCGAAUGUGUGCGACGGUCCUGCGUGUGGGACGGCGGCGAGGCGGAGGACGGCCGAAGCUGGCAGACUGACGUCAACACCGUGUGCACGUGCUCGGCCGGAACGGUCACAUGUCAAGCUAACAUCAGAGACUGCGAGGCACACAACACGAGAGUUCAUAAUGUUUCCCACAACGCCAACAUGUGUGGGGGGGACGAGAGGAAUUGUUCGGCCGUGCCCUGCCCCCCGCUGGACUGCACGCAAAGGGAGAGCCCCCCCGGAGAGUGCUGCCAGCGAUGCAAAGGCUGCGUCCACUCUGGUGUGCGUUACGACCACGACGCAAAAUGGAGACCAGCCGAGAGUCCGUGUGAUGUCUGCCACUGCUUUGAGGGUGAUGUUCGCUGCGAGAGGGAGCCGUGCCCGCUGUUGCCCUGUCGCAACCCAGCGCCUCCUCCACCCCACUCCUGCUGUCCAGUGUGCCAAGGCUGUGGUGUGAAUGGUCACCACUUCCUAAAUGGGGCCGUGAUACCCACAGGAGAUCGCUGUGAAGAAUGCUCGUGCCUGGAUGGAAACGUUGCAUGUUUACCUCGACCGUGUCCUGCCCUGUUUUGUCAAAAUCCUGUGCACCGUGCCGGAGACUGUUGCCCACGGUGUGAUCAGUGCGAGUACGAGUCGCACGUGUACCUAGAUGGACAGAAGUUUCCGUCCACGGACGAUCCCUGCGUUGAGUGCCGCUGCUCUGCUGGCGAGGUGUCCUGUGAGCGCACGGAGGCGUCGUGUCCUGCGCCUCGCUGCAGCCACCCAGCGAAACGCAAGGGAGAGUGUUGUGCAGCCUGCAACGAGUGCGAGUUUGAAGGCAAAGUGUAUGCUGACGGGAAAGUGUUCGUCCCACCCGGAAGUGGUCCCUGCCUGCAGUGCAGGUGUAGGAGCGGAAACGUAGUUUGCCACGAAGAAAAGUGUCCUCCCGUGCAUUGCUCCGACCCCGUCCGGGACCCACAUCAGUGCUGUCCCGUCUGCAAAGGAUGCGAGUUGGAGGGCUCCGAGUUUGAAGACGGGACUGAUUUACACGCCGAGGAUGCCUGCUCCAGCUGCACGUGUGUGGAUGGAGACCCCCAGUGCACCCGCAUCCAGUGCCCCCCAACAACAUGCCUGCAUCCCACUAAGACACCUGGCUCCUGCUGCUCGGUGUGUGACAGCUGCACGUAUCAUCACCGUAUCUACGGCAACGGGCAGACGUUCGGGACACCCGAGCGGCCGUGCCACGCCUGCACCUGCCUGCACGGGACUGUAACGUGCGAGAGAAGACCUUGUCCGGAACUCAACUGCAGCAACCCGUACACAGAACCAGGAGAGUGCUGCCCCAAAUGUCCUGAUUGCUGGUUUGAGAACCACGUGUUUGUGGACGGCCAAGCGUUCCCCAACCCGGUGAGCGCGUGCGAGGAGUGCAAGUGCGCCAGCGGCAGGAUUGACUGCCAGCAGCCUCAGUGUCCUCGGCCCCGCUGCAACGCGCCUCUGUCGGGGACGUGCUGCAGGAACGACUGCAACGGAUGCAGCUAUGGCGGGCAGGAGUACCACAAUGGCCACCAGUUUGCACAUCCCACUGACGCGUGCAGGACGUGCAGCUGCAUUAAUGGAAAUGUCCAAUGUCUUAUGAAAAGAUGUCCUCCGCUGACAUGUGCCAACCCCCACGUGUUGCCCGGAGACUGCUGCCCCCAGUGUCCCGCGCCAACAUUGGACUGCGAGCUGGAGGUCCAAACAUACCGGCACGGCGAUCGCUUCUACUCGCCGUCGGACCGUUGCCAGUUGUGCGUGUGCGCCAACGGUACGGUGCACUGUCAGAGGAAGCCGUGCCCCUUCGCUUCCUGCUCCCACCCCAUCACGCAAGACUGCUGCCGCACCUGCCAGGGUUGCCUGUAUGACGGUCGAGAGCGAGCCAACGGGGAAAUGUGGGACGAUGCCUCGGACCCGUGCGUCGCGUGUGCUUGCCACGAAGGCUCCGUGAGGUGCGAGAGGAAGCGUUGCCCCCCCAGCAACUGUAAGCACCCUGUGCAGCGACACUGCUGCAUGUCCUGCGAAGGUUGCAUGUAUAACGGGAGAGAACACGCCGACGGCACCGAGUUUGCCGACGACAGAGACCCGUGUGCCGUGUGCUACUGCUACGCGGGCGAGGUGGUCUGCACCAAGCUGCCGUGCUACGGGGAGUGCCGGCACCCGUACAAAGCGCCGGGACAAUGCUGUGCGGAAUGCGAACGCUGUUUUUACAAUGGUGCAGUUCUCGCUAAUGGGCAUUCCAUUCCCGACCCAGGGAACCCUUGCUCGGAGUGCACUUGCAAGAGUGGAACUGUACGCUGUGUGAAAAAGUCCUGUCCAGUGGCGCUGUGCCCUCACCCUGUCACAAAUACGUGCGGGUGCCCCGUGUGCGACGGUUGCCGCUUCCAAGGUGUGGAUUACGUCGAUGGGCAGACGCUGGCAGAAGGAGACAGUAGCUGCCGGGAGUGCACAUGCUCAAGGGGUGAGGUGGUUUGUACGCAGAGAAGAUGUCCCGCCGUGUCCUGCUCACAUCCGGCGCUGGACGGAUGCGCAUGCGGCGUGUGCGACGGGUGUAACUUUGAGGCACGCAACUGUUUCAACGGAGAGCGGUUCCUGCACCCAGCUGACCAUUGUCAGCUGUGCUCUUGUCUGAACGGCGAUGUGCUGUGCUCACACGUGUCAUGCCCAAGCGCCGCCUGCUUGCAUCCGGUGACCCCGCCGGGCGAGUGUUGCCCCGUCUGCACCGGGUCGUGCCGACAUCACGGGAGGGAAUAUCAGUCGGGCUCAUCCUUCCCUUCUCCCUUGGACCCCUGCUCCUCCUGCUCCUGUAUCGAGGAGGUGGUGACCUGUAACCGCAGACCUUGUCCCGUGCUGUGUUCCCACCCGGUCCCCUCCGACGCCUGCUGUCCCGUGUGCGACUCCUGCCUGCACCAGGGCGUGAUCCGCGCCGACGGCCUCACUUUCGCACCCUCCUCUGAGCCUUGCCAGCGUUGCACCUGCGUCAGAGGCACCGUCACCUGCGUGCCGCUCGCGUGCCCGCCGGCGCCCUGCAGCCGACCCGUCACCGUGCCGGGACGGUGCUGCCCUGAGUGUACAGGAUGUAUGCUGGAUGGACAGCAGUACAAUGACGGACAGACGUGGACACUGCCAUCGAAUCACUGCUCCACGUGCACGUGCCAGACUGGAGAGGUGCACUGUUCCACUCCGUCGUGUCCCGAGCUGGCUUGCGUGCAUCAGCUGACCGAGCCGACGGCCUGCUGUCCUCGCUGCAGAGGUUGUAUGUACGACGGCGGCGAGUACGCGGAGGGAAGCAGCUGGUUCGCCGACUCGUCCCACUGCCGCAGCUGCAUGUGCGUGGACGGCGUGACGACCUGCUCUGAAAUCAGCUGCCUUUCCCCGUGCAGCAACUUCAUCAAAGUGCCGGGCGAGUGCUGCCCCGUGUGUGCCGACUGUGUGUUUGAGGGCAGGGUAUAUGGCCCGGGAGACAGCUUCCAUCCGGCCGGAGAUUCCUGCCAGGUCUGCACUUGUGAGGUGAUGCCAGACGGAGAGCAGCACCUGCGAUGUUACCGGAAACAGUGUCCCAGUCUGGUGGACUGUCCCAAGAACAACAUCGUGUUCUCAGGACCCGACGCCUGCUGUCCUGUCUGUGCACAGCCUCUCAGUAACUGCACUCCAACGCUGAUUGGCAAUGAGGUGCUGGCGUCAGACAACCCCUGUUUCACCUGCCAGUGCAGGGACCUAACAUGGACGUGCCUUCAUCGCGGCUGCCUCCCUCUCACUUGUCCACCCAGUGAGCAGUUCACCCCCGCAGACUCAUGCUGCCCUGUGUGUAAAGAUUGCGUGAUCGAGGGUCAGAACCGACGCGUAGCGAGCGGCAGCAGCUGGACGGAUAGUGACGACAACUGUGUCACUUGCACUUGUAAUUUGGGCUACAUUGAGUGCAGCAUUGAGGAAUGUUUGUCCGCACCUUGUCCCGACGGUCAGGAACAAGUGAAGGUUGCAGGGAAAUGCUGCCACGAAUGUCAAGACUGGGGUGUGUCGUGUGUGCAUCAGGGCACGGUGUACCAGUCCAACGAGCAGUGGCAGGUGGACGAGUGCACCGGCUGCACGUGUGUUUCUGGGGACGUGCACUGUCGCACUGAACGCUGCCCUCCACUUACCUGCAAUACGGAUGAGAUGCUUUCAGUGGUCCCAGGCUUGUGCUGCCCUCACUGCCUCCCCCGGCCUGCCACUUGCAUCGCGUUCGGAGACCCUCACUACCGGACCUUCGACGGGCGCAUGCUCCACUUUCAGGGGGCCUGCACCUACGUCCUGACGCAGGACUGCCAGGGCGGAGACUUCAGCAUCCACGCCACCAACGAGGACCGCAGUCGCCGAGGUGUGUCGUGGACCAAAGAGGUGACCGUCUUCAUCGGCGAAGUCACAGUGCGGCUGCUGCAGGAUUGGCUUGUCAAGGUAGACGACAAGAAGGUGACUUUGCCGUUCCUCAGGGAACCGUACAUCUACGUGGAACGGAAGGCCAACAGCAUCCUGCUCAACACCAACAUCGGCGUCAAGGUGCUGUGGAACGGCCGUUCCCACCUGGAGGUCAGCGUUCCGGGCUCGUACAAGGGGCGCACUUGCGGCCUAUGCGGAAACUUCAACAACUACCACCAGGAUGACCUGCGCAUGCCCAGCGGACAAAUAAGCCUGUCCGAAGCGGAUUUCGGCAACAGCUGGAGGGUGACAAACGGAAGUCGCUCCCUCGCUUCUUGCCGGCCAGGCGAGGACCUGGACCCCUGCAAGGAGGCGGGCUACCACGCCCGCAAAAGUGCCAACGCCCGCUGCAACGUCCUCAAGUCGCCAGCGUUCAGGCCGUGCCACCGCGUGGUGCCCCCCGAGGCCUGGUACGCGGCCUGCGUCUACGACCUCUGCGCCUGCGGGGCCAACACCGACGAGUGUCUGUGCGACGCGCUGGAGGCGUACGCCGGGCAGUGUCGCGAGGCCGGGGUGGUCCUGCAGUGGAGGGGACCCUCGCUGUGCGCGGUGGGCUGCCCGGCGGAGAGGGGCUUCGUGUUCGACGAGUGCGGCCCGCCGUGCCCCGUCACCUGCUUCAACGCGGGCGUCCCGCUGGGGGUGAUCGAGAGCCACUGUUUCAAGCCUUGCGUGCCCGGCUGCCAGUGCCCCGCCGGCCUGGUGCUCCACAACGGCCGCUGCGUCCGCCCCAGCAAGUGCCCCAAGAUCAUCCACGGCGACCAGUCGUGACACUGUCAGUCGUAUCGCAAAAGACUGCGCUCGACAUCCUUGAAUCUACUGCUCAAAUCCUCGCCAGCCUCUCCUUGCUGACUUCUGGGCGAGAGGCGGGGUACGCCCCUUGGACUGGUGGGCAGCCAAUCAGAGAGCGCAGAUAAACAAACGGGCGUUCACACCCGAUGACGAUUUACAGUCGUGCACGUUUUGGGGAUGCAGCACCCACAACCUCAGACCAGUGCGGCAGACACAUCGUGCUGCCCACUUUCAACCGAGUGACUGAAUAUGCAGUGAUAUUAUUUAUAAACCACGAGACGUAACGUAGUUCAACUUGAACGAUCACUUUGUUUUUGUUUUUUUAACACACGUUUUUAAAAUAUAGUGUUUAUAAAUUGUGUUCCAAAUGGACCUACGUCUUCUUUAAUAUCUCAGGUUUUUUUUUUUAAUUUGGGGGGGGGGGUUGUUGUUGAGUGAAGAACACUGUGAAUGCUAAUGUCUAUUUUCUAUGAAUUAUUAUUAUUAUUUCAUAGUAUGGUAAGGUAUUACGCUCAGGUGCAGCAUACAAAUUACUGAGUGCUUCACAUUCUCUAUAUUUUGCUAUGUGACAGUGUUAUUUUGAAAUUGAUCCCCCCCCUCCUCCCCAACUUCCCCCUCACAAUUUUACAUGCAACAUCAAGAUGUGACAAGUUUUUGUUUGUAUAAGAUAUUUUGCAAAUGUAUAAUAAAGAAACCAC